AUGGCGGGACGCGGGGCGACUUCGAGUCACGAUGACAGCUCAUGGUCGUCCGAUUCGGAAGCUUACGACUUCGAAGACUAUAGCGAUUCCCACGAUUACCACAACGCCCUUCGAGAGGCUGCCGAGCCGCGAGAGUACCACGAGGCCCUCCGAGCCCCGCCUCCACCAAAGUCCACGUCCGAAAUCCUCUCGGAUGUGUAUAGAGGCAUCAAGAAGGCCAUCCCCACGCGAGAGGAAUCCUUCAAGCUCCCCAGAGCUCCUUCACGACUGGCUCUAAAGGCCUUCGCGACUCAAGGCUCGACACCUUCAGCACAGCAGGUUGAGAGUCCGUCCGCUACCCCCACAUCAGCGCCUCCGUUUAGGAACUUCCCGGCACCAAAGCAUGCCCGGAACCUGAGCUUGCAGAACAGCCUCGAGAAGCCGCUGCCACAUCCGCCGCCUCCCUCUCUAAGUCCCAUCACCCCUACCAUCUCUGGCAGAGAUACCAGGCAGGGGAGUCUCGCCUCGAUCGUCGAUAGUGAGUACGAGGCAGAUAUGGAAAGCCGCACAAGCACUAUGGAUUCCAACACGUCCGUACCCGGUAACCAGUCUGGCCAAAUGUACACAGGAGGGUUCGAUAUGAGCAGCAGUCAGAGCAGUAUAGCUAGCGCGAGGCCGGAUGGAGGAGAAGGACAGAGGGAAAACCUGACGCCCCGGAGUAACGGGCCCAUGUCGGCUGGGCCAUCCCCUCCCGUGGCCUCCUCAUCCGGCCGAACCCCAGCCAUAGGUCAACCUGUGGGAACUCCUUCGACGUCGUCGUCUUCUGCCCACCUGUCUGGCUUGAUGUGUAACGUACAUCGAACCACCGGAAGGGAGCCCCACCCCCUUGUAGGAGCCACUACGACUAUCCUCGGAGACAAGCUCUACGUCUUUGGCGGCCGGAUACUUUCCAGAAGCCGGCCAGCACCCUUGACGGCAGACCUGUAUGAGUUGGAUCUCAUAAGGCGGCAUUGGUCUAAAUUGGAGACGACUGGAGAUGUACCUCCGCCUCGCUACUUCCACUCCAUGUGCGCUCUGGGGGACACCAAAUUGGUCUGCUAUGGAGGCAUGUCUCCUAGCCCGAGCCAGUCCUCUCCGGCCAACCCAGACCAGCAGCCUGAAGUCACCGUCAUGUCAGAUAUCUACAUCUACGAUGCCCCCUCGAAGAAGUGGACCUACGUCCCAACCCAGGACACGCCUCAAGGACGAUAUGCCCACUGCGCUUGCAUUCUUCCGUCUUCAGCUACUUUCUCAUCAAAUAAGGCGCCAUUGUCCGCCCUACAGCACAAUCCUUCCAGUGGGAAUCCCAACGAAGGGAGGAUUGGCAUCAACAUCGAUGGAGCAGGAGGUGCAGAGAUGAUUGUAGUCGGGGGCCAAGACGGUGCGAACCAUUACAUUGAACAAAUCAGCGUGUUCAACUUGCGGAGCUUGAAAUGGACUUCAACGCAGUCACUUGGGAAGUCGUGUGGUGCAUAUCGCAGUGUUGUGGCACCACUUCCUCCCUCGGUCACCUCCAAGAUCGGCAAGGCGGGCGCGGGUGCUUCCCGUCAGGACAGCAGUUUCAGUCAGGAGGCUCGGGACCCCGGAUCGUCAAUGCUGAUCUACUCAAACUACAACUUCUUAGACGUCAAGCUAGAGCUUCAAAUCCGUGGUUCUGAUGGAUCCCUGGCCGAGAAGCCCAUGUCGGGCACAUACUCACCACCCGGGCUGCGCUUCCCCAAUGGAGGCGUCAUUGAUACGUAUUUCGUUGUAAGCGGCACAUACUUGACCAGCUCGAAGCAAGAGUAUGCGCUCUGGGCCCUGGACUUGAAGAACCUGACUUGGGCGCGCAUCGAUGCGGGUGGCAGCAUAUUCAGCCAAGGAAGCUGGAACCGUGGGGUGCUGUGGAACCGAAGAAAUACCUUCGUCAUCCUGGGUAACCGCAAGCGCAGCCUGGUUGACGACUACAACCACCGACGGAUCAACUUUUCCAACGUCUGCAUGGUCGAGCUGGAGGCUUUUGGCUUUUACGACAAUCCGAGACGGGUUACGCCCUUGUCAGGCUUUGCAUCAGCCAGCAGCCCAUACAACAUCCCCGGGCUCAGCAUCGCGCGCAAGGCUGGCUGGACUGGAGGCGGCAGAUUCCAUUCUCGCGCGGCGGAAGAACUUGGUGAGAAGGCUCUAGUUCUGCGCGAAUUAUCUGAUAUGGACAUUCUCUGCAUUGGAGGAGAACGUAUCCCUAUCAACUCGCGGAUCGUUGGCCGAAGAUGGGGACCCUAUUUUGUACAGUUGUUACGGGAAGGUGCAGCUACGCAGGAUGGGAGCGAUUCGGCCACUUUGAGGACCAACAUCUCCGGACCUGCUGGCACUCGAAUGUCCGUUAUGACGAUCACUCCGGGGCAGUCGAAUAAUCGAAACACUGGCGAGAGCAGCUUCUCAAUGGGUUCUACUGUCGGGAACUCAUUCUCAUCUGCUGGAUCUGCGAAGCCUCCCAGCACAGCGGCAACAUCUGUCUCGAGCAGCGGUCCCACCGAUUUUACAUCCAUAAACUCGGCCCCCACGCCAGCAUCCCUGCCUCCCAAUAUCCGUCCGAGAUGCCUCUAUCUGCCCCACACCUAUCUUACCGUGCAGGCUUUGCUGCAUUUUCUGUAUACAUCGUCGUUGCCGUCGCCCCAGAGUCCACUCUGCACUCCGCAAAUCCUCUGCUCGCUUCUACAAAUUGCCCGUCCAUACAAGGUGGAUGGUCUGCUGGAGGCUGUGGUGGAACGGUUGCAUGCCUUGCUCGACUCCAGGAAUGCAGCUGCAGUAUUCAACGCAACAGCUAUGGCCGCCGGCGGUGGGCGGGGCAUCGACGGUACACUGAACCCGAACUUCCUGACCCAAGCAGACUCCUUGGCUGGAGGUGGGCCCAAUGGUCGGUCCAUGUCGAUAUCGCAAUCCAGCACAGACGAGUCAGUAUCCGGAAUGAGCGGACUGCGUAUCAACACUGGAGUUCCUGCCGCACGCCCCGGCAGCGAUGAGCUCAGCGCUACCACCAGUGUCAGCGGCAGUGAAUGGAGCAGUGAAGUCGGCGACAGCGAGCGUGGCACUACCAGAGAAGUUUGGAGUGGUGAGUUGAGCAGCGUCAUUGGCCUGCAGAAGCGUGGACUGCGCGGACUUAUGGAGGGUCGUCGUAUGCGCGCCAACGUAGAUCGCAGCCGGGAGAAUGAAGGGUCAGCGAGGGGUGACCGUUACGGACAGAGAGUUGGCCUCGGCAUUGCUGCUGGAUCAUAG